GUGUGUGUGUGUGUGUGUGUGUGCGUGUGAUUUGAACACCUGUUGCACCUGCGGACCCCUCGCGGGCAUCGAGCACGAGAGGAGCGUGCUAAGCUCCCAGGUAGCAGCUCGCAGAGGACGGGGACUCGGACCAUAACGAUGGAGCUGGCGCUGCUUGUACUCGUCGCGGCGUGCGUGCAGGCGGACUUCGUGGCGCCCCCUCAGCCCACCACCUCCAUGCGCUCCUUCGCCGAGAGCGAGACCCGGCUGCCCUGUCACUACCAGGUGGAGAACGGGGAGAAGGUGGUGCAGGUCACCUGGACCAAGGAGCUCCCGGACGGCGGCAAGGACCAGAUCAUCACCGCCCACUUCCUGGACGGCCACACAGAGUUUGGGCGUUACGCCGGCCGGGUGAGGUUUGAGAGCGGGAGCCCCACGGAGAACUCGGCGCUGCUCAUCCCCAGCACCGAGGAGUCGGACCAGGGCCACUACACCUGCCGCAUCUCCACCUUCCCCAACGGAAACUUUGAGAGGCGCAUCACGCUCACCGUCUGGGUGUUGCCCAUCUCCUCCCUGGACCCCGUGCUCCUGGUGGAGGGCCAGUCGUACAGCGUGGCCGCCUCCUGUCGAGCCGUGGGCCACCCGUCCCCCCGUCUCUCCUGGGACACCGACUUGCCGGGCCAGUCCAAGAACCGCACCAAGGAGGGCGGGUCCGUGUCCAGCUACUACUCGCUGCACCCGCUGCGCGGCAUGAACGGCAAGAAGCUGGACUGUCUGGUGUGGCAUCCCGGCCUGGAGCGGCCGCGCAGGAUCUCCAACCGCCUGGUGGUCCAGUACCCCCCAGACCCCGCCAUCGAAGCCGGUUCGGGGGACUGGUUUUUGGGUUUGGAGAAAGCGGAGCUGGUGUGCGUCGGCGGAGGAUACCCCAAACCUCAGAACAUCACCUGGACAUGGAAAGGAGGAGCGCUGCCGGACGGGGCGACCGUGGAUGGAGGGAAGCUCGUGUUCGGACGGGCCCUCCGCGCCAACGACAGCGGCGCCUACGAGUGCGUGGCCAGGAACCACGUGGGAGCGGGAGCGAAAGAUUACGUGAUGACGGUGAAACAGUCCCCUCAACAGACCGCGGACAACCUGCUGCUGAUCGUCAUCGGGGCUUCGGCCGGGGCGCUGGUCCUGGUCCUGGUCCUGGUCGUCCUGCUGGUCAACCGCCACCAUCGACACAAAAACAAAAAGCUCGAGAUGGAGCUCAGCGAAAAAACGGAGGAAAUUCAAAGCUUCUCCAGACAAGCCUCCUUCAGGAGACUGAACUCGGUCAGCACAGACCCGAGAGUGCAGCCUGAAGAUUACUCUCUGCUCCGAGUCGACAGCCGGAUGAAAAACAGCCAGAUUUCUCUGGAGCGACCCGUCUCCACCCUGAGUGGGAAGUGGGGCCCUCCGGCGGAGGUGGACGAACUGGGGCGCCCCGUCGUCUGGCACGACGGCAGAGAGAGCCUGAGAGGGGCGGAGCUGGACCGCGAGAAGGAGGAGCGCCGGAGGAGGGUGGAGUCGUACCUGAAGAGCAGCAACAUGUCGCUGGACUCAGGUCUGCCCUCUUCCCUGGUUCCCCUGAAGGCCCAGCAGGACGAGGGCGUCGGGCCCAGAGAGCCGGACCUCAGAGAGGGAGACCCCCCGCCGCAAGGAGACGACUGGACUCCCCCGCCGCCGCCGCCACUACCGGCCGAGGAACACGACGACGAGGAGGAGGAGGAAGAAGAGGAAGAAGAAGAGCAAGAGGAGGGCGCCUCCUCCUACCAGCUCUCGGAGGCGCUCACCAAUCACUUCUACUACAGCAACGGCGUCCUCAGGCCCAGGCCGCACUCCAACGCCAUCCUGCUGCACCCCAGAGGGCAGAUCAUCUAGACCCCCCCCCCCCCCCCCCC